ACAGUUAACCACCAGAUCCUCCUGUCAGCCCACACAAUGAAGGGCAUCUCAGGAACAGCACUCCAGUGGUUCAAGUCUUAUCUCUCAGGAUCUGUCAUUCAGAAACAUGGCUUUUCCUACCACUACUAUGAUGCUGAUGACACACAUGAUGAUCCGACAGUAGCUGCUCACAUCUCAGCCUGCCUGACACACAUUUCUGGCUGGAUGAAGGACCACCACCUUCAACUCAACCUUGCAAAGGCAGAACUGAUUGUGGUCUCGCCCAACCCAACACUUCAUCACAACUUCUCCAUUCUGCUAGGUUCGUCAACCAUAACUCCUUCCAGGACAGCCAGGAACAUUGGAGUUGUGAUUGAUGAUCAUUUAAACUUCACAGACCACAUUGCUAGAACUGCCCGGUCCUGCAGAUUUGCCUUAUACAGGAGGAUCAGGCCCUUCCUAUCGGAGCAUGCUACACAACUCCUUGUCCAAGCUCUUGUUCUAUCCAGACUAGACUAUUGUAAUGCCUUCUUGGCAGGCCGUCUAGCAUGUACUGUCAAUCCUCUGCAACUGAUCCAGUAUGCAGGAGCAAGAGUGGUCUUUAAGGAGCUGAAGAGAGCGCACAUCACACCUCUCUAUUCAUUUACACUGACAUCAAAUUCAAGGCACUGAUGUUUGCUUACAGAACAACCACUGGUUCUGCACCACUAUACCUAAACUCACUAUUUCAGACUUAUGUGUCCUCCAGAAGCUUGUGUUCUGCAAGUGAACGCCGCCUUGCGGUGCCAUCCGUAAGAGGCACCAAAUCACUCUCACAGACCUUUACCUGAACUGUUCCCUGCUGAUGGAAUGAUUUUCCAUCGAUUUCAGAUAAAAACAUCUUCUAAAUGAUUAAAGGUAAAUGUACUUUUCUUUAUCAGAUUAUUAACUUAAUGUAGAUUGAUUCAAUUCUGAUAUUAAAUAGUAUUUCUGACUUUAA